AUGGUCUUACAGCUGCACAUUGCUCACGGAGACAAAGGUGGAUUAACUGGCAACGACAUAGCUCUGGUGCGCUUCAGUGAUAUAAUCCUUCCACGUUAUGGAAGAUUGUCCGCGGUAGAUCAUUUGACAAUGAUGGGACUGCCUGUGAAAUAUAUAGGGGGCGGGCUGACGAAGAAGGUCGGUGAUGACGAUACGAGGCAGCUACAAGUUGGAGAAGGGGCAAUUGUUGCAUGUCCUGCGAUUUAUAAGGAACUAGCUAACAUAUUAGUCUGUGUUGGUCCUAAGUGUUCAUCUCGCCAGGAUACUGGAGCUAAAGGAGACUCGGGUGGGCCUUUAUUCUUUGACGAUAGAAUCAUUGGUGUAAUGUCUUUUGGUGAUCAAAAUCCUUUUGCUUCAAUCGUUGCCUUUGCACCGGUCAGCCCCUACCUCGACUGGAUCAAUAAUGUUUUACAUUCAACUUGA